CAGAGCACACUUGUACUUUGUUUCCCCAAAUAACACAUGGAGUUUUCCAACAUCGGGCACAAGCUGAAAGGUUGAACCCUCAAACCCAUCUGGACUCGGAAUAUGUGUGUGCUCAAAAUCAAAAUGGCAUUUCUGUUCAUUCUUACCUGUUUGUGCUUCCUCACUCCCACCCAUCAGACACCACAUCCAAACGUCACCAUCUCAGAUCUCUCCUACAAAAAUAUAGAUUUUGCCAUGAACCUGUAUCGAAAAAUAGCCGGCUCCAGUGACAAGAACAUCUUUUUCUCACCUCUGAGCAUCUCUACGAGUUUCGCCGCUCUCUUGAUGGCGUCUGAUGGUGUCACGCGCGAGGAGAUCCUGAAGGUUCUGAACCUGAAGCAGCUGGCGGUGGACCACCAGCCAGAGCUCAUUCCACGGCUUUUCCAGCUGCUUCAGGAGAACGUUGCACACAACGGAUCUCUGAAACUGGACCAAAGCACGGCCCUCUUCAUCCAUCAGCAGUUUAAGGUGGAGAGGAUGUUUACGGACAGGAUGAAGAAGUUUUUUCACGCUGACAUCAAAACUGUUGAUUUUGCUGACACAGAAGGGAGUAUCAGCUUCAUAAAUGAAUACAUCAAGCAGAAGACGGAGAACAAAAUCCCAGAGAUGAUUUCUACGUUAGAUGAAACGACUCAACUUCUGCUAAUCAACAGCAUUUUCUUCCAGGGAGCCUGGCAGAUGCCUUUCAGCGCUAAUUUAACAGAAAACGCACCCUUUUACAUUGACAACUACAAUAUUGUGCAAGUGCCCAUGAUGUUUAAAGAGGAGGCCAAGUUGUACACAAUGGAAGACGUUCUCCUGGGAGCCAGAGCGCUCAAGCUGCCGUACCAGAAAGGCGUUUCCAUGCUCAUCCUGCUUCCUAACCAAGGCGUAGACUACACUGUUAUUGAUGAUGAGAUCAGUGCAGAGAAGUUCCUCAGCUGGAUCAAAAAGCUGCACAAAACAAAUCUAGAAGUGAACAUGCCUAAAUUCAAGAUGGAGCAAGCCUAUUCCCUGCACAGUCUUCUCCCAGACAUGGGCAUGAGCAGCCUCUUCAGUAGUUCAGCCAAUCUGACGGGGCUCAGUAAGGACAGAGGCCUCACAGUGUCAGAGGUACUGCACAAAGCCGUAAUUGACGUUGAUGAGGCGGGAACAACUGCAGCCGCUGCCACAACGAUCGGCAUCAUCCCAUAUUCCCUGCCGAGGGUGUUCACCGUCAACAGACCGUUCUUCUUCUUCAUUUACCACGAGGACACAAACUCCCUGCUGUUCAUGGGCAGGGUGGUAGACCCCACCCAGACCUAAUCAUCUGCUCCUCUGUUUCUGAUGCGGCUCUGAUAUAACUUGUGUAUAUUGUGUUUAUUCAAGAAAAUGCAAUAGUGAUAUAUUUUCUU